UCAAAAAAGAAUGUCAUUUCAUUUGCCAGUCAAGAAACGCAGUGAAAUUGUUGGGAUAGAGAGCUCUGGAAGGAACGUAGAAAUCAUCAUGGGGAAUCAAGUUCGAAAACAGGAUCAAAUUACCGAGAAGGCAAAGAAUACCAAUGCAAAUUUUGAGGAGGCUGAACAUAAGGAUAGUUCCAAACCAAUUCCAUUAACCCAGGAGCCUUCAGAAGACAAUGAAGUUUUUGGAGAGGCAGAUGUGAACCAGAACAAUGGGACCUCCACUAAGAGCAGAGCGGUGACAGACUCCAAGGGCACAGCGGAUCCAAAGAAUGCCUGGAAGGAAGCCAACCCAGCUGACACAACUGGUCGCCCCCAUUUGGUCCGCCUCUUUUCCCGAGAUGCCCCAGGCAGAGAAGACAACACCUUCAAAGAUCGGCCCUCUGAAUCAGAUGAGCUACAGACCAUUCAGGAGGACAGUGCAGCAGCAGCAGCUUCUGAGAACUCGGAUUUGAUGGCUUCACAAAAACGCUCCUCUUUCCGGCAUGGGUCCAAACUUGCAACUGCAAGUACCAUAGACCAUGCUAGACAUGGAUCUCCACGAAGAUACAGGGAACCAAGUCUACUUGAUUCUUUGGGCAGAUUCUUUGGCGGUGACAAGCAUUAUCCGAGACGGGGCAAGGACUAUCACCAUGCCUCCAGAGUUAGCCACGUAAGUUCUCUGCCUCAUCCAAGAUCUUACCAUGGACGCUAUGUGGAUGAAAACCCAGUUGUCCACUUCUUCAGGAACAUUGUGUCACCCAGAACAACUCCUCCUCUUCAGGCAAAAGGGAGAGGAUUAUCCUUCAGCAGAUUUAGCUGGGGUGGCGAAACUCACAGACCUGGAUAUGGAAGUGGCAAAUUCUAUGACCAUAAAUAUGCUCACAAGGGGCACAAAGGAUACCGCUAUGAUGGCCAGGGCACACUGUCUAAAUUGUUUAGACUGGGAGGCUCCGGUUCCCGACCUGGGUCAAGGUCUGGCUCCCCGGUUGCUAGGCGCUGAAACACUUAAGAUGUCACUAAAAGGCUACAUUCUCUGCUUCAUAACAUAGCUACCCCAAGGAUUAAUAACAAAUUGUCGAAUUCCUUAGAUAAAAAAAAAAACAAUCUAUUUGUUAAUGUCAGUUGAGUUAUGCAUGCAGUAGGAAUAUGCAAAACUAUAUUGGCAAAUGCUGACCAAGAGUUGAAAAAUCAACAACAAAAGCCUCCCAAACUUGCAAGGUAGCUUUCGGUCAGCGUUAUUUAGGAAAAAAUAACAAAAUCCCCCAUCUUAUUCCUUCUUCUUCUUCAAGGUGCUCCCCAAGAAAUAUAAAGCUUUAAUUUUUCAGGAACAAGCAACAUUAAUACCCUUUCCGAUUUCUUUUUCACUAACCUUUAACCACAUAAAAUAUAACCCUAAAUUAAUGCGGUCAUUAAUUAAUCUUUUGAGAUCUUUGCUGUAAACAAACAAUAAUAAUAAAAAAAAACCACGUGCAGAAUGUUGUAAGGGCUGUUUAUCCAAUGUUUUGAUUUGGCUUUGAUUUAUUAUUUUUAUUUGCUCUUAUUUUUUAUCCCUUUUCUCUCACACCUUUUGUUUUUCUUUUCCUAACUGGAUUAGGCAGUCAUGGAAAGGUAUAUUACAUUGGGAGUACAAGGUAUGUUGUGAUGUGGGAGAAGGCAGCUGUGAAUGUUUCAAUGGGUCCAAGCAAUGGUUAUGGAGAAGGAUUACACAACGUCUUAGCAACUUCUUGUGCAUAACCAAUUGCUUGUCACUGCCAACAUAUUGGGAAAUAAGAGUGGUUGGGAGAGAGACAUGAAGAUAUCAAACUUGAAUUAGAGUAGUAUAACAAUGAUAGCAAUAAGGAAUAAUCCCAAAGAACAAGAAAACCCUAGACUUAGAUAUGUGAAGAGUGGGCUCGCUGCAAAGUAAACUUUUUUGCGGCGAAUAGUUU